AUGGCUUCCAGGGACGGCUACUCGUGGACCAAGGCCACCGGCCUCCGUGCUGGCGUCCCGUGCCUCGGCGCCAUCCAACCGUCUUCAAACGUGGGCGACGAUGCCCAUUUCGACGUCAUUGUCAUUGGGGCGGGGUACUGCGGCCUCACGGCUGCCCGUGACGCCAGCUUAGCAGGGCUAAAGGUGCUGCUGCUUGAGGCGCGGGAUCGCAUCGGCGGCCGCUCUUGGUCCUCGGACAUUGACGGCUAUCCCUACGAAAUGGGCGGCACCUGGGUCUACUGGGGGCAGGCAACGGUGUGGCGAGAGAUUGCUCGCUACGGCAUGCAGGAUGACUUGGAGAUAUCCUACGACUUUGGCAGGGGCAUCAACAGGUUCCUGCUGUCCAGCGCCACGGGAACGCAAAGCUUUUCCCACGAACAAGAGGACGCCCUCCUGGAAUCAGCCCUGGGCAAACUCGUCAACGUCGACGGCUCGUUCGGUCGCGAUACCAUCCCCUUCCCCCACAGCGGGCUGCUCAACCCCCAAGCCCGCAGGCUUGACUUCAUGUCGGUCGCGGACCGCCUCGCCGAGAUCAAGCACCACCUCACGCCCAACGAGCGCCUCGCGGCCGAAGCCUUUGUCCUGCUCUGCAGCGGAGCCACGCUGGAAACGACCAGCUUUUACGAGUUCCUGCACUGGUGGGCGCUGAGCGGCUACUCGUACCAGGGAUGCAUCAACCACCUGGUCAAGUACAAGUUCAGGCGGGGCCAGUCGUCGUUUGCCAUCCGCUUCUUCGAGGAAGCCCUCGGCUCGGGCAACCUGUCGUACGCGUUCAACCAGCCCGUCGCCAGUGUCGAGGACGCCGGGCACCAGGUGCGCGUCGUCACGCGCGGCGGACACGCCUUUGCGGCCGCCAGGGUGGUCAGCGCCGUGCCGCUGAACGUCCUGACCUCUGUCAAGUUCGAUCCGCCGCUGUCGCCGGCGCGCUGGCAAGCCGCCAAGACGGGGCACGGCAACCAGACGGUCAAGGUGCACGCCGAGAUAGGCGACCGCGAUUUGCGCUCCUUCACCGGCAUCAGCUACCCGCACAACGGGCUGAUCUAUGGUUUCGGCGACGGUGAGACGCCGGCUGGCAACACGCACGUUGUCGCGUUCGGGGGCCAGCAUAACCACUUCCACCCGGAGGACAGCAUCGAGCACACCAUUUCCGCAUUCCAGGGAUUUGCGCCGAUGAAGGUGGAGCGAAUCGUCUUCCACAACUGGUCAAGAGAUGAAUUCGCCAAAGGAGCUUGGUUCUUCCCCGGUCCAGGCCUACUGGCAAACCACCUGCCAGCCAUGCGAGAACGCCAAGGCAACAUUUUCUUCGCCUCGUCGGACUGGGCACUCGGCUGGCGCAGCUUCAUCGACGGAGCGAUUGAAGAAGGCGGCAGAGCUGCGGCGGCGGUCCGCGCGGACCUGCUCGGUCGAGCCAGGAUAUAA